AAUACUGGCACUAGUGAGGCUGCUGAUUAACUCACAAGACAAAGAAAAUGACUCUUCAACUAAAUGGGAUUGCAGUAGACAGGGAAGUGGUUCUAUGCCCAGUGUUGAGAUGCUGAAGUAUGACAGAUGAACGGGCAUAGGUGUCUUGCUGUAGAGGAGAUGUAUGGUUGCCUUGCAUUAUAUAAGGGUGGGAGUAACUGGAAAGAAAACUGAUAGUGAUGAAGUAUCAGAACAUACUUUCAAAGUACAAGAAGCAGAUUUGUUGGAUGACACAACUCUUGCAGAAAACCGCAUUCUUCCUAAAACAGAAGUAGAUCUUGAUGUCUGGACAAUAUGGAAAGAUCUUGUAAAAGCAGCAAUUAAAGGUGAUGUUUAUGAGGUUUUCAGAUUAGGAGUAACUCAAGACACUGAAUUUGAAGCACCAGAAAGUCAAUAUAUAUUAGCUAUGAGAGAAGAUGUUCGAAGAGACUGGAUUGCCUACAGAGCUUUCGUUGCUUUGUGUAUUGGAGCUAAUCGAGGUUUGGUGCCACUUUGCAAAGAACUGGUUGCUCAAGGUGUGAAUGUCAAAAGAAAAACUCCAAGGGGUCGAACAGCACUGCACAUUGCUGCAUCUCAUGGACGUCAGGAAAUUAUAAGCCUGCUCACUGAUGAAGGGAUAAAAAUCCAAGAGACGGAUAAGAGUGGCUGGACAGCUAUUAACAUUGCAAUUUUAUUUGCAAAAGCUGCAGCUGAAAAGCAAUUGGGCUCAAUAAACUCAAGACAGAAAUAUGCACAAUCAAAAACAACUUUAAAAGGUAGAUCAAAGGAAGCAGAUGUUUCAAAAAGAACUAAUGAAAGCUCACUAGAAUCUCUACCUAGAAAAACGUCUAAAGCCGAGAGCAGAAAAUUAAGUUUCCAAAAGAUUUUGACAAGUCAACAACCUGGAACUAAUAAAGAAGGAUUAAAGGAAGACAUUGAUGAUAUAAAUGAAUCUCCAAAGACAAACAUGCCACAUGUUGAAGAAACUUCGGAAAGAUUUUCAGGUCGUGUUAUGGAAGGACUAAAGAAAAAUAUUUCUGGUGUAAAAAAACCUCCAACAAGAAAAUUGUCUAAAAUACAUAAGAGCAAAACAUCUCCAGCUACAGAAAGUAUUCCAAAUAUUCAAGAUAUUGAUGGUUUGAAUGAAUCUUCAAGUGCUAGUAUAUUAAGGGAGAAGUCAAACAACCUAGUUGAUACUGAAGUUGCGUGGGUAAAUUAUAAUGACCAUCUUGAACAAGAAGAUUAUAAAGAAGGAGAAGGAGGAGAAGAAGAAGAAGGAGGAGGAGGAGGAAGAGGAGGAGGUGGAAGAAGAAGAAUAGGAGGAGGAGGAGAAGGAAAAGGAGACAAAAAUGAGGAAAAAGAGACGAGUCACUCAAAAGAUUCCCUCCAUGAGUACCUUAUUUCGUUGAAAUCUGAGGAAUCUGCUGUUCAGUAUCCUGCUUGGGCUGUUGAUGCCCACCUGAAGCAAAUUGAAUCAGUUAAUAAUUCGGCUAAAUUGGUUUUGCUUAAAUUGCAGAAUCAUGAAGUGGGGAAGAUUAGUUAAUUUAAUUAUAUUGCUUAGAUUUCAGGUGACCUAUAUAAUAUUAGUAACCAUAUAAUAUUGCCAUAUAAUAUUAGUUACCCUGGGUUUCCUGUCCAUAAAGGGUUUACCAUUAUGGUGUAACUGUGGUAUAUAAAUCAAAGACUAGAAGGGGAAAUCUCAACUCUAAUAUAGCAUUGAGUUAAUUUUUCCCUGAUUCAGACUUCAAAAAUGUAUCCAUAAUAAUGUCUCUAAGGCCAAAAGAAUCAAAAUGUGAUUAAGUUGGUUUCAAUAUAUCGGUCAACAUAUCCUGAUCAUGGUAUUUAUAAAAAAAUACACAAAUCUGAAAUACAAUCUUUUCAAGGAAAAAUUGCAGGUCAUGACAUUUUACAAAGUAAGAUGCCUAGCAUGCUUUAUUUGUCUGUAAAUUUUGGUAUUAGUACCUACAAUUAGUAAAUAUUUUACCAAAAACAAAGUAAUAAUAAACAAACAAUAUAAUAUAUAAUUA